AUGGAGGAAAACAAAGCUUACAUCACUUUCCCCGGUGACGAAGACUUCAAGUGUAAACUGUUUCCGUUCAAAGAGAAUAUCACUAACGCACAUGUUCAGCUACGAUUACUGUUGGACGCUUACCAAGCGGCCGUGACCUGGGUUGAGUCGGUUUCCGCACAAGGGUAAGCUCUUAUGUCCAAGAUUAAUUUUGCAAUUCUCUAUUGGUCAUCACUAUAUCCUAUCGACCGGAGCCCCUUUGGACACAUGAAAUUUACACAACGUAGUUUUCGUUAUGUCAGGGUUAAGCACUGUUUCGAGAAUUGUUAGGUUCUUUUUUUGGGUUGGGGUUGAUCCUCUAUUUAGUUUUUUUCACUCCAUUCAUCAAAUCCGCCGUGGUCUAGUGGUUAGCGUGGUACACUAGAUUUUCUAGGUCGUGGGUUCAAAUCCUGCCGCUUUUCAUAUCAAUUUUAGCUAAUUUUUUCUUCUUUCAAAUUGAAGAGACUUGCACUUUCAUGAACAUUUCAGGCUUGAAAUAUCAUUUAAGUGUGAUAUAAAAGCAAAAGAAAAACAGUUCUACCUUGUGUAAUUUGAGCGGCUACGGCCGAUGGGAUCUAAUGCUGACCAUCUCUAUUAAGCAAAACCAGGAUAUGGCGGGACUAAUUUAGCGCUAUUUUCUUAUAACACUGAAGCUAUGAGAUUAAGACUUGGAUAGAAUUUACAGCACUUUAGCAGUUUAUAAUGUCAUGGGUCACAAAUUACUCCUUAAUUUUGGCUGAAAAUAUUUCGCGGGCUUUUAUUUAUAAUUUCACAUGUGAAAUUAAAAAAUUGCCAUGACAAUGUUUCGUGUGCCUCAGUAUCAGACGCAAGUCUACAGUGUUAAAAUCUAAAAGGUAGUGCUUUACAGUUGAAAUUAUUUUUAUUAUUAUUAUAAUCAUAUUUUUGAUUUUGUAAAAAUUGUUUUUUUACCGUCAGUUAAAAGUAAUGGAAAGAAGUUGACCGUUUUCCCGUCAACUAAUAAAGCCAACGUUUUUCGGUAUUUACUCGAAAGAACUACACUGUGCUUCAGCCUGAGUUGUCGAUGAAACUUCCUAUCCAAAUGAUAUCAUAGUAGAUUCCAGUAGUCAGUAACCUUUUCUUAUUUUGUUCAAGUUCGUAUAAAAAAGGAAAACAUAAGUGCAGAUUUAAAAGCUGGUUGUUUUUUAAAGCCUUUUUCUCUUCGAAAACCAAGUAUUAAAAAUAACAAAUAUCACAGUAAACAACAACAAUGUACCAAAUUAAUAAACCGCAAUACUUCUGGGACGGUGCGGCGAUUAUUCGGGGAUGGUGCAUGCUUUUCCCAGUUUAAGGUAAGCGUUAAUUGCCAAACUGCUAAAGCCCAAUAAAGGCCUCAUGGAAGGGCCAAAAGUGAGCGAGGACUUGUGCUUCGACUCGUGGUGUUUUCUUAUACAAUUUUUUUAAUUUCCCUGUAGUUUUACUGGAUGUGUCGCUAUCUCCGGACCGAGAUUGUUCAAAACAAUAUAUCUGACUUGGAUGGCUUUUGAACCUUCAGAUGUAGUCCCCAUCGGGGGUCUUGUUAGACAGGAGAGUAUUCCCCUGUGGACAACAGGAACCACAUGCAUCGAAAUUAACAGUGGGAACCAGGUAAGUGCUGUAAAAAAUAAUCUUAUUAUUUCACCGUUAACAUUGGUAUGGGCUUGGAAAAAAUAUUACACUGUGUGCCAAAGAGUUAGAGAGGGUAAUUUUUUUCAUUGUUUAGGUCUCUGAUUUCUAGGAUAGUUUGUGGACAAGCGUUAUGAUUGGUCGAUGAUAUUCAAGGCAACCAAUCAUAAGUAACACGAUCCCAGAAAUCGUUGCGCCGAAAGCUUCUACCCUAUUCCCCCAAGUUUUUGGAGUGGGGAAUUAAAUUAUAAUAUAUCAAUGUAGGUGUACGAGUGUUGUCUGCGGGCAGAAAUGUGUCAUAGGUGUGGUUUACACCUUAGAUGACUAUACCAGAGUACGAAAAAGUGGAAAUCGCACUCAAAAGCUGUCUUAGUCAUUUACUGGACUAUUGACUGUAUAAACGGUUUUUUCUCCUAAUCGGUUUAGCGUAGCGUAAGAACAGCGUAAGAGCCUCGCUUUCUCACGCGCGCGUACUUGAAUAGGCAAAAUACGGAUUGUUUUGUACUGCAACUGAUCUGUAACACAAGAACAUAGCCUACCUAGUGUCGUAGUAUCGUAAUAUUCCGGCAUUGGCGCUGUAAAUCAGCCACCCCUCCCCCUCCGCGCACCUUUGUUCGGCCGGGAAAUUUGUGGGUUCAGCCUAUAGGUUUGACUUUCCAGUCGAGAAGCUGGCAUGCAACGUACGGUGGAUACAAUUCGACUCGCUAGAUAACUAUAUUGUUUAAACACUACUAGGGCCUAAAUGUGAAGACCAUUCCACAGUUCAUCAUCUCUUCAACAUUUCUUUUGAUUUCCAGUUUUCCGGCAACAAGCCGAAAGUAUUCCUUACCGUUGUUCACACAGAUCCACCCAAAAAUAUCCAUGAUGCAACAAGCGUAUGGGCUGAGGAGGUUACUUCAAUAAAAUUUAAAGUUUGUCUCCGGGAGUUGAAGAACUUCGACGGCGUCCAUGAAAACAUACGAGUGGUAAGUGUCGAAACGUUUUCAUUUUUAUUCACCAAGAGUUACUAUGGAGCGUUUUUGCUCACGUGGUCAGCAUCGAGUGCAAAUUUACUGCAAUAAAAGACAGCGUUUUCAUAAAAAGGAGUUCAACUCCCACAGGAUUGAUUCGGAACACCAACGUGGCCCCCUGUUUCAUUGUUUUGGGACACUAAUAUGGCCGCCGUGACGUCAUGUGAAAACACCAUUGUUUUGGUUCAUCAAUAUGGCGGACGUGACGUCACUGUGAAAACGCUCUAUACUAAAUUACAACUCUUAUCAAUAGUGUUUCUGCUCAUUUUAAAAUACUUCUGAAUGCAAACACUAGUGUCACCUGCUCUCACAAGCACCGGCAGAAAUUUGUCUGAAACUUGACAGGGUUGCAAAAGGGUCUUCUUCUACGUGGAAUUUUUUAAUGUAUUCACUUCAUUAUGAUGCAAACACUGUUAAGAUACGUCUUCAGUUCUUUUAUUUCGCGGUUUUUCCGAACUCGAAACUGGUCGAUUAUUGGAGGCAUUUGAAUCUCGUUUUCAGGCCAUAAAUCAAAUUCAUUUCGAAUGAAUUUAGAAAUUAUUUCAUUACUGGUUUUAAUAUAAAGGUUUCAGUUAUGAGUAAAGAUCCCUCAAAGCCACAACACUUUUCGAAAACCAAACCAAACCAUAAUCGUCCUCAUGAAGUUUGGUUACUUUGGGUAGUGUUUCAGUGAGGCAAGCAAAGUUUGGCCAGUUAGUUCUCAAAGUUUUACUAAACUUAAUUAUUUAUCUCAUAGAACGUGUUAGCAUUAUCGGCUAAACCAAGUGCCUGGGACCUUGUCAGCUUGAAUGACGUUAAUAUGCCCAAUACUGGAUUUCCGAGUGAGAAGUACGAAUACAGCUUUUGUCAGGUUAGUGCAAGAAGCCAAAAACAGUCUAGCAUCUCGGGUCUAGUAUAUAGUAAAGGAACAAGACUGCAACACACUGAAAUGACGCCCGUAAUAGAGUUAAUUGGCCGCGCGUGAUGGACUUUAUGUCACCUCCUUUGAGUACAGUAUCGCCGCCGUGAUGGUCAAGCUUUUUCAUAUCCCUCAGAGUUGAAAAAGGCGUCAAGAAUGAGUUUUCUCGGACCACUGGCGUGUCGAGCUUAGCCUGGGCCAUAUGAAUCCCGGUAAAGAAGAAAACUUCACUCCGCAACUUACAGAUUUCACAAACUUCAAACUCGUUUAGAAAGGAGUACAUAAGUUUACCCGCCUUUAUCUUUUCAACAGCAGCCAUUCCUUUCCGAGGUCGACUUUUUAUAAAUAUAAAAAGUUUUACUUUAUUUUGUCUUGCAGACGGUCUCGUUCGAUCCCAAGUAUUACUCUGUUCCCAAGGUUAUGACAACAGCUGCUCAUGACAAGCUGCUCAUUGAACCUGACAACAAUGCAAUCACUGAGUGGGUUACGGUGAGUUUAGAUGGACUCUUCCUGAAUGUCUCGAGUUCUUUCCACCAGUAACAUAUCACAGACCUUUAGAUUCUAAGACAAGACGACUACAACAACCAGAUUUUCUCAAUACUAAGUAGUGCGCAUCAUUUGGGAAAACGCGAUAGCCGUCGUCAUUCUACCAAGAGUGUUAGCGAGAGAAUGUCAUAUAGUGACGGAAACAAUUCAUCAAAUGUUAGAAGUUUAAUUUUAUCAUUUUGUGAUCGGGAGAGGGUUUAACCUCCCUCAAUAAAAAUAAACAUGUUCUGGUAAAAAAAAAAAGUACAAUGACGCUUUCCGGGGUCUUUUUUUUUUUGACAAGACGCGUUAAAACCUUAAGUUAAAGUCUCGUCCUCGCAGUUGUUCUCACCCUCGAAUCUAAAGGGUCUCUACUGCAAACUCAAGAGUUUAAGAAGCUCUGUCGAUAUAACACAACCUUGAUUAUGGGAGACAUUACACUGCGUACAUUGAAGGCGUAUUUUAAGAGGAAGAGGGCGCAUAGUCUUUGAUUUUGAAAACACAGGAAGACUGGGGAGACCAAGGUGUACGUUUAUAGAGCCCAGGAUCAAGCAAAUUUACUCGUCCUGCACAACCCGAGCGAUGAUUUCUAACGCUCGUGCGCCUUCCAGAAAAGCUUGCUUGUAGACUACGUAAAUUGCCAUUCAAACAAGCUAUAUCUUAAACACAACUGAAUAUAUAGCACGUUUUCCGUACGGUUAUUUACCAUUUGCUUUGGCACUGAAAUUGGCUGUUUUAAACGGCUAAAUUAAACACCGUUCCACUUCUUUAAACUAACAGAAACGAAAUGUAAAAAAAUUAACAAUUACGUUUUGCGUUGCGCGGGUAACUUGGUGGUACAGCUCGAAAUUUCAUUGGUUCAUUGAUUUGCUUUCGUUUGCCGUGAUUAGUUAAAGUCGUUGCUAUGGAUUUUGGUUGCUGUGUUUGCUACAUUAGGUAAUUUCAUUAUUGGCUGUCAUGUCUCUUCAUGUGCCUUUUCAGUCUGUGGACAAGGAAAAGUUCGAGGUUUGUUUAAAGGACAUCCAACGCUAUGAUGCUCAACAUGACGCAGUCACUAUCAAUCUUAUGGUGAUUGGACGUGAGUAAAAUUUUUUAGCAAUGUCCAUAAUAACCCUUCAUAAUACAUAGUAGCAAACAAAUUCAAAAUACAAAGAUAAUUCUUAAGUUUCCAAAUCUUAGAAGAUAAAGAUUGUCACGUGAUUGCAUUGCUAAUGCUCAGUAGAGGCAGAGCAACAAUUUUUUUUCACCCAAAAAGUGCCAUUCUAAGGUGCUUAGUUAGAUCUCCAGAAUCAUCAGCUGAUAGCACUCUAUAAAAUAUUAUAUUGCUUGCAAGAUCCCCAAGGCCACUAUCUCGUUUACUAAGAGCACGAUACAAUUUUGCUGUAAAAAUGGCAAAUAUUCGCUCUCUCAUUGAAAUCAGUUCUUUAUUCAAAUUUGAUGUAUUUAAUGUUUCUGUUCCUUUCGAGAGCUGUGUUUCUUAACGUUAUAACUAAAGACGCGCUCCUUUUUGGGAAGACUGAACACGUUUAUUCUGUAUUAAAACAUGGUUUAAUUAACGGUGUUGUAAACACCUCCGUUUUUUGCUAGUCUAAAUUGAAGUCAAUGGUAUAAAUUGACAUAAUAAAUAACAUAAUAAAUUUUCUUGCACGAGUUACUUAUAAAUUUCCCUCAACAAACAGAACUAUUUCGAUAUAUUAAUUUUUAUACUUGGCUCCGAGGCUUAGGAGAAUGAAACAGUAGAAAUUUGACGUUCACGGAUAAAUAUAACAAAUCCUUUGUUUUAUUUCACCCAGUCCUUGGAGCCGGCGCUAAUUUUAAUGUAUCGAAACUGGUCUUAUCUGUCGGUUACAGGAAUUGAUCCAUGUGACAAAGCUAACUGUUCUCCGGACAAAUUCUGCGUCGUGAAUGAGGACAACUGGUCGUAUACCUGCGUCUGCAGCAACUGCGAUAAAACCAAGGCAGAGGUUUGCGACACAAAUGGCGUUACGCAUCUCAACUUAUGUACGUUUAACAGAUUGAUCUGUCUCGAAAAAACCAAUGCUACUAAAGACCAUGAUGGAGCCUGCGCACGUGAGUAUUACUCGAGUUAUUUGUUUGGUAUCAUAGAUGUCAAAUUACCCCUUAAUUAUGGCGCGAAAUUUCAGCGUCAAUCUAUGAAAGUGCCAUUGCAACGUUCCGUACUUCUCAGUGCCAAGAUGGCGUCGAAGUUUUAAAAUCUUAUGAAUGAAGAUGACAGGGCUUUUGUGAACUUAAGCCAAAAUUUAAGCUCUAAUUUUUUCAGUGCUUGGAGUUCUCGAUACGAAAAAACAAGUAAAAAAAAACGAUUGUGCGCUAAAUUUAAGUGUCACCCGUUUUCUUAAUAGAUAACCAAAUGGCAAACUCGUGAAAUUAGGGAAUCAUUUUACGCACGUUUUGUCCAUUGCACAUACUUUAAAUCAAGUAAAUGGACCCUACUGUCCAAUGAAAUUUGCAAUUGCUUACAACCGAAGCUCGUGUCAGCAGAGUUAAAAAAGGCGACUGGCGAAGAUAAAAGACAACAACGCUAUAGUUUAUGAUGGGAGUUCCCUGACGGUGCACAAUCCUUUGUUUUUUUGUUCAAAAAUUGACGGAAUAAAUUAAUGCGUCAUUUUUAUUGGUCAGUAAGAUCAAAAUAAUACGAAUGCUAUUUACCGUUGUACACCUUCAAGUCCACAAAAACAUAGCUAAAGAGUCUGACGGGUUACGUCACCAUUCAAUUCAAUUCUUUAGAAGGCAGUAGUCUCUUUAAUAAUUUGCCAACACGAUUUUCAACAAUGUGUAAAUUUGUGUUAUUCUUAGCAUUUGUCAUGGAACGUGGGCGCGUGGCAUUGCGUUUGAGCACAACCGAUGUGCAAUGCAAGACGGUGAACUUCAAUCCUGCAAGUUUUCAGAGUAACGAAACGAGAAUCAACGUACAUACAUCUAUCAACUACUUCAACUAUUCCGGCAAUUUCAUCCAUGACGCCGCGGUUACAUGGAUUGAAAGUGUGACUUUCACUAGCUUUAAAGUGUGCGUUCUCAAAGCAGGGAGGGCUGAACGUUUGACCCCUGACAAUGGCGUAACGUUUGUGGACUACAUCGCUUUCCAAGAGUCGCCUGCUGGCGCAGAGAGCAGCCAUCUGAGCAUGGACAAUUGGUGGGAUGGAACAACAUGCAAGUCCGUUACCUUUGAUGUGAGUAAAAACUACGCUUGUAAUACUAGUGGUCCAGUAUUGUUCAUACAUUCAACAGCGGAAGAGAAAUCAGUUCACAAUAGCCUUUAUUUGGAAUUUUUAUCUCGGGAUCAAAAAGUGAAGACCACCUUGCACAACUAAACAAAUAGUACUACAGGAAAGCAUUACUCAACAGCUAGUUUCAUUUAAAUGGCCACAAGGCAGGAUUUUAUUCCAAUCAAUCAAAAGUUAGAAUCAUCUUAUAACGCACAAUUACUGACAGAGCUAGUCUACAAUUACUUUUAUCUGAAUGCUUACACUUCCAGAUUUCAUCCGCAUGCACAAACUCAAAAGUUAGAACCCUCUCUCACAGAAUUAUAAACAACAUAAAAAAGAAAAUAAAAGCUGACGGCAGCUGUAAUCAGGACGGUCAAACUCUCGCACUUCGUCCAGUCAUUCCAGUUAAAACCCACUCGUAUGGUAUAAUAAACAGUGCAGUGGCGGAUCAAGACCUUCAGAUAAGGAGGGGGCUCGGUCAUCCAGAUACUGAGAUAAGGGAAGGGGGUUGGGGAAGGGGGAGGGCGGUCUUAAAUUUUUUUUCCCUGUAUCCGCCACUGCAGUACCGCAGGAACGAACUGCUCAGUAGCUUUCAUUUGAAUGUUCACAGUUUAGAGUGUUAUACACAAAAGUUAGAACCACCUUGAAUAGGGAAGUAUUACUCAGUAUAGCUUUCAUUUGAAUAGUCACACAUCCGAGGAGUUUCUCUACCGACUCGGCAGCGUAAUGAACUGCUUCGCACAUACAAAUUCAUCACGCUCUUCCUUUGUUAUGUUACAGACAAGCUACUCCACGACACCCUAUGUUUUCCUAAGCGCUGAACACUCGGUCAAGGGAAUCAAGCAUGAUGCCGCUACUGUAUGGGUUGAAAACGUGAAUACCAAGGGUUUUCAGGCAUGUUUGAGAGAACUGCAGAACUUUGAUGGCCUACACGAAAACAUCACAGUGGUGAGUUGAACUGUUCACUGGAGUAGGGAUGCGUUCAUCGCGACAAAAUUACCCUCCAAUUCUUCAGUUGCCAAAACAUUAAAUUUUCUCUAGUUUGACAAUAACAACAACCUUUAUUUACUUUACAAAAUAUGAGAUGCUGGCCCGCAAAGUGGCAGAAAAACUAAUCGAGGCGGUCGGUUUUAAGACUAGUACGGUCACAUGACCUCUUAUGCAAAUGUAAAAUUGGAUGCGAGUUUUACGGCGUAAUAGUCAUUAGCCAAUGAAAAUUCGACCCAGAGCGUUUUAAAUUAAAGGAUAACAACAUGAAGAUUUCACCCAUGUCUCCUGAUUCAAGAGUAGAGUCCACAUCUGUCAGCAAAUCGAAACCACAGACAGUUGUGUAAAAAAUCAUUGCAUGCACGCGCAUGUUACAAUAGGCUCAAUGACCAGCCGCUGUUGGGGAAAUGAGCCCGCGCUCGAGCCCGUUGACUCGUAGAUUCACUACGCUUUAUUUAUUGCUUUGUUUUAGAACUGGGUUGCUUACCAGACUCUAGAAAAAGCUGCAGAACUCAACAUCACGCAACAGAGAAUCAACUUUGAAAAUGAUGACGUAUUACCUAAACCCGGAUAUCACAACGCUUUCUGCCAGGUGAGAAACUCUUUGCAUUAGCUUUGGAAAGAGAGUGACCUUAAUUUGAAUAUGAAUUAAAGGAACUGUGUCACAAAAUUCAUCAAAUUUCGAACAGUGGGAGCUUCUCCAAAUUAAGUGAAGCAUAAGAAUAACAGCUUAAAACAUUAAAAUAAAGUAUAAAUAACAGAGCAAAUGAAAUGCGAAAAGAGGCACGGAUAGACAAACGUGAAGAAGCAAAUUUGUGGUUUUUGAAAACUUGUUUGCCUGACAGUUUUUCAAGGUUUACUUUUGUUGUCUGUAAGUAACGUUUAAUUUGAUGCUUGGGAGAUGUUUACUUUGUCAUGAGCCUGUGGUUUUGUAAUUUGCUAGUUAUUUCGUCGCUAAAGUAUACUACGAGUAGUCCCUCAUUUUCCCUCAGGGAUAGUAGAGUGAGCGAAACGCGAAAUCACCCCACGCGAGAAAGGCGAUGAUUUUCACGCGCGCUCGCGUUUCGCUCGCUCUAUUAUCCCUGAGGAGAAAGUGAAGGACUACUCGUCAUCGCUAGAGUUAAGUUACAUUUCGAAUAAGCGCGACAGUCUCUAUAACAUGCAUUUCCUGAUGAAAGAAAUUACAAAAUUGUUUUUUUUUUGUAGGAGGUUAGCUUAGGAAAGUCUUACUCGAAAACGCCCACGAUCAUCGUGUCAGCGUCUCACACCCCUGGAGUCGUACCCGAGUACAACAGCAUUGCAUCCUGGAUAGAGGUACUGAAUAUCGCAAAUUAAAAUACUUUAACCAUUAGUCCAAGUACGAAUCUGACCAGAAUUUCAAAUCAACAAACUAGCAACUUAACGGAUAGCCCCAAAGCAAUUUCUUCUUUCAGAGCUAAAUGAUUGUCGCACAUCCACUCGCCACCUUGCGUUUAUCAUUCGUUACAUCAUGUUUUACUAGCGACAGUCAGUUUAGGGAAUUGUGCGUUAUUUCCCGCUCAAUUUUUCUCCUUAGACCAUUGUCUAAAGAAAAAUUAGUCUUGCUACAAGUCGACCUCUCGUAAGUUCUUCUGCAUGAGGUCGCGCAGCGAUCGAGCAAGCGACGAAGUCUUGAGGUCCUUUAGAAAGUCUUAAGAAAAAUGGGCUUCCACAGAAGGCGAACAAAAACACGUCGCUCAUAUAUAUGAUCAACUGGUUUGCUUGCAAACUGUUGUAAUUUUGUAGGCGCUGUUUCCUCAUGAGCAGGACAUCUGUCUUAAUUCAGGCAUGUAAAAAUUUGUACUUUAUCUUAUAAUUACAAAAUGUGAUCUUUUUCAGUCCAUUAACGGAACUUACUACCAACUGUGCGUUAAAGAAAUUCACAAUCCAAAUGGCUAUGACCCUGUUAAAGUUACGGCAUUGAUUGUUGGUGAGUGUUUAGUUUUUUUGGCGAUAUCCGGCCGUACUAAAUAA